AUGGAUAUACCUCAAGAGGUAGCACCACCACCACCACCUAUUGGGGCAGACAUACAGAUACUGCGACAGAUGUUUGCUACCAUGACAGGUUGCAGUAGAGACAUUCACAGCUUGCAGCAAGCAUUUGGGGCGUUGCGCAUUGACAUGCAGCAAGUGUACUCCGACAUGCAAAUUACCCCCACUUUCGCUUCUGAUUCCAAUCGGGAGUCCCUCGCUUCCAGGCGGGCAUUUGAGACUAUGAAUGGGCAGUUGAGCUUGUAUGCAGGCAGGGUGGAUGGUCUACAUCUCCAAGCGGAUGAGACAUGCGAUCGUUUGGACAGCCUUGAGACUGAGGUGAGGAGGCAUUCGGAUUUCCUUCAGAAGAAUUCGGAUUUGCUUCGGGGGCAUACGACUUUACUUCAAGAACAAUCUAGGAUGCUGCGGCAGCUCCUUGCACUACUAGAUCCACCACCAGAUGAUAGCAUUGCGGGGCACAGUUUUCUUCCACCAUCACCACCACCGCCUUAUCUUUGA